AUCUAAAAAUCCCUUUCUUGGUGUGUACCUUUUAGGGUUUAUCAAAAAAUUCUCUCCAUAAACCCUUCUCUGUUCUCUCAAUUUCUGAAGCAAUUUCAAUUUACUAAUCAAGAAACCGGUACCCCAAGUUCAAUUAGUCUCAAAAAUUCAGCUGUAAGUAUUCAUUUUCAUACAAUCUGGUUGUAUAUUUGGGGCAUUUGGUGUUGUAGUUUUACUUGUUAAUGUAGCCUAAUAGUUAAGGUUUUAUGAAUUAUCAAGUGGAGUUGAGGAAUCUUGAGGUGGGUAUUUGGUUUUGUUGAAGAAUUUGGUUGAGUUUUGGGUUCUGGGGUUCGCAUUUUACAUCUCCAAGUUGUGAUUUUUUCUUUGUUUUUUGGGAAAAGACAGGAGUUUACCAAGUGGGGUUGAGGAAUCUUGAGGUGGGUAUUUGGUUUUAUUGAAGAAUUUGGUUGAGUUUUGGGUUCUGGGGUUCACAUUUUGCAUCACCAAGUUGUUUUUUUUUUUAAUUUUGGGAAAAGCUAGGAGUUUUGUAAUUCAUGUCUACUUGUAUUUUGGGCAAUUGGGGCUGUUCUUGUACUCCUUAAUGCAGCUUAAAUGCAUAGAGUAUGCAUGAAUUGCAAAUGGGUAUAGGGAUCUUAAACUGCAUAUUUUUGAGUUGUGGAGUUUUUGUAAUGUUUCUAAGUUGUGAACUUUUACUAUUAAAGACACGGGUUUGAGCUGAGUGGUGAGGUUUUUGAGUUAAAGAAGCUGUAAAUCUUUUAGUAAUUUGAAUAUGAUCGUUGGAGGUAAUGCCGAGGAUAAAAGGGAGAAAGAGAGUACUGUUGAUAAUACUAGGGAAGAAAGAGUUGGUUCUGAUGAUUUUGGGCGAGCAAUAUCGAGGACUGCGGUGGCACAGAUAUGUGAAAGUAUUGGGUUUGAGAUUUUCAGUGAAUCUGCUCUUGAAUCGCUUGCAGACAUUGUGAUUAAGUAUAUACGUGACCUAGGCAAGACUGCUAGUAGUAGUGCUAAUUUAGCUGGAAGAACACAGUGCAAUGUGUUUGAUAUUAUUCAAGGAUUAGAGGAUAUGUGUGCCUCCACUGGUUUUCAACGAGCAUCGGAAGUGAACCGUUGUGGGUUAAGUUCUGGUAUUGUUAGUGAGAUUGUUGAGUAUGUGGAAUCUGCUGAAGAGAUUCCAUUUUCUCAAACUCUUCCACAUUUUCCUGUGGUAAAACAUCCCAGUAUGAUACCCAGUUUUUCCCAAAUUGGUGAAACACCUCCAUUUAAGUAUGUACCUCCAUGGUUGCCUGCAUUUCCUGAUCCGCAUACUUAUGUACGGACCCCCACGUGGAAUGAGAGGGCAUCAGAUCCUCGAGCUGAUAAAAUUGAAUUAGCAAGACAGCGAAGGAAGGCAGAAAGAUCUUUAUUAAAUUUACAGCAGCGAUUGGUGUGCAAUGGUUCAGCAAUGGCAUCAACUUCUAGGCAGCCAGAUGAUGUUGGUAUUACUUCAAGUGCUAGUAAAAGUGAAAACCCGUUUCUUGCAAAACCUUUUCAAGCUGGUGAGAAAGAUGUGGACCCUGUGGCUCUUCCAGCUAAACUUUCUAGUGAGGUAGACAAUAAAAAUCAUGUUUCUUUGCUGGAGACGUUCUCCCCAGCAAUUCAGGCGAUGAAGGAUGGGCUCUCUGAAACAGUAGAUGGUACAGAGAGAACACUUCCGGACAAGAGGCUUGCUGUCUGUUUAGAAUUUAGACCUGGAAAGAAGGCCUUAGGUGAUUCUUUGGAUCUGAGGCUUUUGAAAAAGGGUUCUGGGAGAAACGCUUCCUUGUUCCGGCGGGAUGAAGAAAGAGAUGACAAGAAGAGGAGAGCUGAGUUAAUACUGAGGCAAUCUAGGGAUAAUCAGCAGGAGUUAACCCAGUUGUAAAUUAGUUGGUUAGCUUGAUGGGGUACUUCCAUAGUUCCGUCCCCUUUUCAAAACAGCAGCAAUUGAUUAGGUUUAGGUAAAAGUCACUCAUACUGUAAUUCUUCUGUGGAUGUCACAGAGUCUGUUUGGAUGUUGAGAUGUAGUAAUGUAGAACAUUUUUUCGAGCGAGGUUAGUCAUUGUUCAUUCUCCAAUUAAUCUAUCUCAGUGAGAAUCUUUUUUCUUUUGCAAA